AUGAAACACCCCUUGGAAGAGAAUUCUGUUUUUCAUAUGGAAUUGAUAUCUGAGCUGAUUGAUGCUGCCUUGCAGCCUGAUACAUUUCCUACAGGUGAAGUUGUUGUCGAUGAAGCUGUUUUUGCAGAAGACAAGCUUUUGCAGGUUUUAAAGAAGCACAAGAAGGCAAUCGGGUGGACAUUAGCCGACCUCCCAGGUGUUAGUCUGUCGAUGUGCAUGUACAAGAUAUUACCUGAGGACGGAGCAAAAACAGUAAGGCAUCCCCAAAGGAGGCUUAAUCCUUUGAUUCUUGAUGUUGUGAAGAAGGAGGUAACCAAACUCUUGCAAGCAGGUGUCAUUUAUCCUAUCUCUGACAGUAAAUGGGUUACUUUCAUAUUCAUAUUGCACCGAAAGAUCAAGAGAAGACCACUUUUACUUGUCCCUUCGGGAAUUGUAUUGGGUCACAUAAUUUCAGAAAAAGGAAUUUUUGUUGACCCUGCUAAAAUAGAUGUGAUUUCUAUACUGCCUUACCCUUCUUGCGUUCACGAGAUUCGUUCUUUUCUUGGUCAUAAAGCAUUGACCUCCGCUCCCAUAAUCCAACCACCGGACUGGACCCUCCCUUUUGAGAUUAUGUUUGAUGCGUCUAAUUAUGUUGGUGGGGAUGUCCUUGCACAAAGGGUUGACAGGGUUUCCCAUGUUGUUUACUAUGCUUCUAGAACUUUAGAUUCCGCACAAUCAAAUUACACUACCACUGAAAAAGAACUGCUAGCUAUUGUUUUUGCUCUUGAGAAAUUCAGAUCAUAUUUUCUAGGUUCCAAGAAGUCGGAUGCAAAACCGAGAUUGAUUCGGUGGAUGUUGUUUCUCCAAGAAUUUAAUGUUGAGAUUAAAGACAAAAGUGGAGCUGAGAACUUAGUGGCUGACCACUUGAGCAGGAUAGAGAGAGAUGCAGAUCCUUUUCCUAUUCAGGAUGACUUUCCUGAUGAGCAGCUUUUUCUUUUGCAUGGGAUUACACCUUGGUUUGUUGACAUUGUUAAUUUUCUUGUUGCUGGUGUUUUUCCUAUAGGUGUAUCUAUAUCACAGAUUCACAAACCCAAGAGUGAUGCCAAAUAUUAUGUUUGGGAUGAUCCAUAUCUUUGGAAGUUUGGUAGUAAUCAGGAUGCUUAUGAGACUUACCGCACUUGUAAAGAGUGCCAGAUAACAGGUACAAACAUCACUUGCAAGAGUGAAAUGCCUCAGCAGCCUAUGCUUUUCUGUGAGGUAUUUGAUGUAUGGGGAAUCGACUUCAUGGGUCCCUUUCUUGUAUCAUUUGGUUUCCUUUACAUUUUGCUUGCUGUUGAUUAUGUUUCAAAGUGGGUGGAAGUUAUCCCCAAUAGGACUAAUGAUUCUAGAGUUGUUGCAUAUUUUGUCGGGUCUAAUAUCUUUUACAGGUUUGGAAUACCACGAGCUAUCAUAAGUGACCAAGGCACUCAUUUCUGUAACCGCACCAUGGAAGCUUUGCUCCGGAAGUAUGGAGUCGUGCACAGAGUCUCUACUGCAUAUCACCCACAAACUAAUGGGUAA